UUAAUUCCAAGUCGUUCCAUUCCUGUCUGCUGAAAAUCUAACAGUAGCAAGGGAUAAUAUGGUGUUAUUUUACACAGGCUUGUCUAGCAUCUAUCGUGGUCGUAGCAAUCAAAGGAAUGCUUAAGCAAGCUUUGGAUUUACCGCCGAUGUGGAGAAUUAGUAAACUUGAUGCAUUGGUUUGGAUAGUUACAAUGUUGGCGACCGUAUUUUUGGAUGUGACAGCAGGUUUGGUAGUUGGGAUAUUGAUGUCUCUUUUUGCGGUUGUCAUUAGAACACAAAUUGUAGCAGCGGAAAAAAUAACUCAAGUUAAAGAUACGGAAGUGUACAGAAAAGCUGGAUCGUUUCCAAACUCGGAGAACGAGAACAAGGAAGUUGUUGUUCUUGCAUUCAGAGGAGCUUUACAUUACGCUAACAAGCAAUUUUUCGCACGAGCCCUUACAAGAUGUAGCGGAGUCGACCUUGCCAAGGAUUUAACAAGGAAAAAGAAGCUUGAUAUGAUUAGGAAGAAAGCAAUAUUAGAAAUGCAAAAGGAGAUUAUGGAAAACAUCAGCGUGAUCGAAAUCAGUGAAAACAAUUCAACUAGUGAGAUGGACAUAGAAAUGGGCAGUCAAGAUCUCAGUAGAAAUGGAUUAGGUGCCGCUGUUGCGGAGGCAGAAAGAACGAAAUCAGUACGAGUGAAAUGUAUUGUGAUUGACUGUGGCCAAAUAAACUUUAUGGACGGCCCGGGUGUAAAAUUUUUAAUAAAGAUGUUUGAAGAUUACGAGACAUUGGAGAUAAAAAUGCUUCUUGCUAACGUCUGCAGCGAAGUCUUCCACAUUCUUACAGUCGGCGGAUUUUUGUCAAAAUUUGGUGAUGACGUCAUUUUUGUAUCAGUGCAUGACGCAGUCACGUGGUGGCACUCAAGAGCGUCAUUAAAAACUAAUCACGACUCAAAUAAUAAAACAACUAGACUCUAGAUUCCAUUUAGCUAUCAAUGCUUUGAAGGCCUUUGGAAUUUUGUUCUGUUGUUGAGUUUGCGAAAGUUUAUAUCUUGUGUUGCGAGAAACGGAAGUGAUACACUUUACUGAACUGUGCCCUUUAAUAAUUUCAUAUAGACGUUGUCUUACCUAACUAUAUGUGUCAAGUUAUAUUUAACGCUAUCCUACAAGAUGAUAAACUGUUGUUACGAAUGAUUAUGUUUUCUAAAUC